AUGCUCUCAAAGCAGCCACCUGCCUUUGCUGCUGUACUGGCUGCUGCUGUGCCUGGUCCCUCUGUGCCUCCUCCCUUGUCGUCUUUGCCUCUCUAUGCUCUCCCCCACCCACCUGCCUCCUCCCAUCCCCUCUCCCCAACCCCAAACCCCACAGCACCCUCGCCCUAUCCCCCCCUUCCAUACCCUCCCCUCCUAACCCCCGCGCUCCCGCCGUCGUGUCCCCCGCCACCUCCUCUCUCCCUCUCUCCCCGAACCAGCCCGCACCCAAGGGUUGGGUCGCCCCCUGGACCCGGAGCCCGACCUGCCCUUGCUGGCCAUACCGAUGUUGCCCCUGCUGUCCCCUCUCCUCUACCCCACUCGCCGCCCUCUCCUACCCCUGCUGAACCUCCUGUUGCUGGCUGUGCUGUCCUCUCUCCUCUCCUCCACCAACCUGCCCCUCCUGCCAUUGCUGGUCAUGCUGUUGCUGUUGCUGCCGCUUUUGCUGCUGCUGUUGCUGCUGCUGCUGCUACUGCUGCUACUGCUGCUGCUGCUGCUGCUGCUGCUGCUGCUGCUGCUGCUGCUGCUGCUGCUGCUGCUGCUGCUGCUGCUGCUGCUGCUGCUGCUGCUGCUGCUGCUGCCGCUGCUGCUGCUGCUGCCGCUGCUGCUGCUGCUGCCGCCGCUGCUGCUGCUGCUGCUGUUGUUGUUCCCCUCGACCGAGCCCACCCUGCUGCUGCUGCUGUCCCCACGGUGCCCCUGACUGUCCCGGUACCCCGUCCCCCGUCCUCGAGAGUCCCUGCAGUCGCGCUCUAG